AAAGAUUUAAAAAAACAAAUGGAGGAUAUAUGCUUCGGGAUUUAUCCAAAUCACUUGAAGUUCUUUCUAUUCAUGCUGAAUUACGAAUUGAACAAGAUUAUCGUUACAAGACCUAUUAUCGUGCCAUUACAAAAAAAGAAUCAAUUACUUCAUGGAUUCCAUUACUUUCUGAUUAUUGUGUAAUUGGAAAAUUUGGAAAUAUAUAUGCACAUUUAGAAAUUCAACAUAAUAAUAAAGAAUAUCUCAUAUAUCAUUGGAGGCUUUACGAAGACAUGGAAAUAUCACGAAUAUUAGGAUGUGAAACUAAGUCUGAUUUUUUUGCGAGUAUAAUAAAACACAUAAAACAAUCAGGAGAAAUUUCUAUUCCCGAUAUUCUUGGUCUUCGUAAUGCUAUUCAAGAUAAAAUUAUCCAACUAACUACUGUUAUGCAAAGAAAAGGAGAAAAAUUGCUUACGGAAAUAAAAGCUCAAACUUCUUUGACAACUAUUAAAACUCCAAUAAUUCAUCAUGGUAUUGAAAUAAAAGAUUCAGGAAUUCAACUUUCUCCUGAAGCAACUCUGGCACUUGCAAUUGAUUACAAAGUUUUGAGAAAAUCUAAUGAUGCAUCACGAAAACGGAUAAAAAAAGCUAAAGCUGACAGUGAAUAUGUCAAAAACCUAAAAUAUAAAUUGAAUGAAACAAAAAAUCAAGAGUUAUUAGACAAUUGGAUACAAAAAGUUAUGGAGGAGACUAAUAUCAGAAUUGGUUACAGUCUUCGAACUACAAUUAAAUGCAAACUGUGUAAAGAAAUCACAGAAUAUAAUAAUGAAUCACCUGAUCUAAAAUUCUCUAUUCUUGUUGCAGGUGCAGGAUUAGUUGGUGACGUCAAUAGACAACAACUUCAAACUAUAUUGUCAAUGAUAGGAAUAACAGCACAAUCAUCAAAAAAUCAUUAUCAUGAAAAACAAAAUGAAUAUUCAAAAAUUAUAACUAGUGGACAAAAACUUGAUGAUAAUAAGAUUAGUGUGUCAGAAGCUGAAUUAGAAAAAGUACAAAUUGACAGUCUUGUAGCAUAUCUUUCAGAUAAUCAUAAUCUUUGUUGGAAUAAAGUAUAUUGGAUAAAAGAAAAUCCUGAUAUUCAACUAAAAAUACCACAUUUGAAAGAACAUACAAUCAAACAAAGAGAGAAUUUUCAUCAGUUUCUCAAGGAAUACAAGCAAAAUAUUAAUCAAAUAGCUAAAGAACGAGACAAACAAAAGCAAAGAAAUUCUAAGAACAUUACAAAACGAAAUCAGGAACGUGCUAAAAAAAUUCAAGAACAGAGAAGUGACCUAGAAAUGUUUAAUUGGGAUAAGUUUAAAUGGUACCAGGAAUUUCCAAAUAAAAAAUACAUGCCACAAAACUCAAAGGUGAUUGAACUUAAUCCACCUACACCAUAUGAUGUACUCAUAGAAGUAUUUGAUUAUCAAGAAUUUCGAGAUAUUCAGGAAUGGGCAAUAUUGACAUAUGUUAGUGGGUUAACUAUUAUAAUAAAUCCUCUGAUGUCUCUCAUUGAUGAUCAAGUGAUUGAGACAAUUGCCGCUGGGAUUGGUUAUGCUAGUGUUUAUGCUGGAGAACAUCAACCCUUGCGAUAUUUUGAAAAAGUUUUCUCUGAAAUUGCCAUUGGACUAACUAGAAUAAUAUAUAUAACUGCAGAAAGUUUUAUUAAUAAUGAGUCAUUUACAAAAAUGCUUUUGAAAUUUGCUGAACGCAUGCCUAUAUCUUUCAUAAUAGAUGAAGCACACUGUAUUAUAGAGUGUAAUCAUUUUAGAGAGUCUUGGGGUCAACUUGAAAAAAUCUCCAUUUUGUUUCCUAACAGUUCAAUCAUGAUGCUUACAGGAACUUGCAAGGAAGUUGACGCUCAUGCAAUAUUAGAAAAUCUCCAUCUUGCUCAACAUGAUGUCGCUAUUGUCCGGGGAACAUAUUUUUCACAUCCAGAGCUCACAAUGGAAGUGCAUUCUAAAAAUACUAAAGAAAAAACAGUUGAUAAAAUCAUCACAUUGUUAGAAGAAUUGAAAGAUGGAAAAUGUAUUAUAUAUUGUUCAAUGGUACACGCAUGUAAUGACGUUUAUGAGCAACUUUGUGAAAAAUCAAAUCUCCAACUGGCAAUAGCCAAUAAUAUAAUUCAACUUAUGAUUGCGACAAGUGCUUUUGGUAUGGGCCUAAAUGACAAACGAGUUCGGUUGGUAAUACAUUAUACAUUUCCAUUAAGCAUAAGCAUGCUUGUACAAGAAACUGGAAGAGCAGGAAGAGAUCGUAAUUCAGCAAAGUCUGUAAUAUUUUAUACUCGUCAUGAUGUUUGCACUAAUUAUAAUGUCAUAACACAAGGAAAAGAAACGGGAACUGAAGAUAUGAGUGAUAGUACUGAGGCUAUUAAAAGACAACUGAAUUUAGCAAAAGGAUGGCAACAAAUAUUUGAAAACGAAUCAGUACAGGAAACUGAUGUGGAGUCUAACGCACUCAAAAUGGUGGAAACAGUUGAAAAAGUGUUGGAUCAUGAAGAAUUGGCCUCAUUGGAGAUUUAUAGUGAUGAGAAUUUGAAACAUGGAAAACUGGUGAGAACCAAAGCUGAUGCACUACACUUAUUGGAUUGGCUUAUAGUAUGUGGAGUGAUAAAGGUGAUGAUAGAUUUAUACCGGCCAAACUCCAACAGAAACGCAGUACAAACGAAUAUUCAUAUACUUGGUGCAGUCGAAGGUGCUACCGCAAUGAUUGCAAUGAAGA